UAGAGAGAUUGAGGCAUUGAGUUAGCUAGGGUUGAAAAAUGGAAGGUCUGAAAGACAAGGUUGAGAGGCUGAUGAGCAUGAUAGUAAUAUUGAUGAUACUGAUGUCGACUACUGUCGAAUCCAGGGAGCCAGUGCUUCAUAAGGUUGGAGGGGGAAGGAUGACUUGGGUCCCCGAUGUUAACUUCACUGAUUGGUCAACUAAAGAGCAUUUCUAUGUAGGCGAUUGGCUCUAUUUUGGGUUCGACAAACAUAUAUACAAUGUCCUCGAGGUGAACAAGACCAGUUACGAGAAUUGCAUCGACAAAGAUUACAUCUACAAUGUUACUCGAGGCGGGCGUGAUGUGUUCAACUUGACAGAAGCAAAGACAUAUUACUUUCUGAGCGGCCGAGGCUACUGCUACAAAGGGUUGAAAGUUGCUGUUUUUGUUGAGCAAACACCACCAAUUAAUGCUCUGAUUGCUAACCAUUUCUCUUCUUUAGCCCCCAUUACUCCCCCUAUUAACUCCUUAUUCAGCAGUUAUAUCAGUUGA